AUGGCUGCCCACGAACGCGGUUUGGAUCCGGUCGAAGAUGGUCAGGAACACCACGCUUUCCAGCCGCCGUUCAUACACGAUGAUUCGCAGUGCGGACACUCAGUCUCGUCAGGCUUAGAAUCGAAGAAUGGAGAUUCGAUAUACAACGCUCACAUAGCAACCGGCAGUGAUGGCAACGAGGCACUACCAGAGAACCAACCCGGAAAUAACACGCUUGGAGAUAUGGAUCCAGCCAAUAUGGCCAUGUUUUACUCUGAUGAAACAGAUCGUGCACCAGGAAAGCCACUUGAUAGACCAUCUGGUGGUUCAUUACCGGAUCCUCAUAAACCUCCUGCUGCUCACCUACUGGCCGAUAAACUCCGGACGUCUUCGACUGGGGAAAUAAUGGCAUGGUCCUUGCCAGCCGGGUUAUCGGCUUUCCAAGGAGAGCCAGAAUCCAGUACUGCAAGUGGAGAUGCCUCCAGCAACGUCCAGGGUGGUUCAGGGAUUGACCCUUCACGAUUUGCAAAAUGGCUGAGGAAUAUCAAAUCGCCAGUCAGUCCUGCUAUGCCGGACUAUCCACCACCUGCCCGAUCACCCACGCCUCCAGGCCUUCCGUCUUUUGGCACCGAGGAAGCCAGGUCGUACGACUUCCGAAUUGGGGCCCGACAUCCGAUCGAGAAUCGUAACGUGUCCCAACUUCGCCUUCUUUUUAGAAGCCGUUCCCCGGGUCGUUCACCAUCUGAGGGUAGCCGACACCCACGUACUCGAGUAUUUGCGGAGGAUGGGACUGCUGUCCUAGGUAGCUUCCCCCAACGACAAAGUGGCCACGGUUCAAAUGUAUUGAGCAAAGUAGACGACCAUCCGUUCCACCAGGGAAAUUUACCUUUCGCUCAGUCCGACGGUGCGAGUAUACGGGGCAACGACGCUGCGUCUGAAGGCCUAUCUCCUUAUUCUGCCGCAGGUGAAGCUACUUUGGAUUGGCUUACUGCAAAUCAACCCCCGUUACAGACACAACCCACAACUGCACCAAAUUCGACGUUGCUUGCCUCAGACCACGGUGGCAAGAGACCUGAAUCUUACCAUACUUGUGUAUCUCGAGUAUGCGAUUCCCACUCUCCGUUGCGGGUCGUCAUGCCGGGCCACUCGAAUCUCACUGAGUCAUGCCAUCUUGCCCCGACACAGUCUGCCGCACCAACCAGUCCACAAGACCCUGAGACGCCUGAAAGAAACAGCUAUAGAAAAUUCUCGAAUCUACUAGGCCACUGGGAGAUACUCGUAAAGCGAGGGAAAUCUAUAUUUUGUUGUUGCUGCCACUCGGAAGGAGGUGCAUCAGAAACCUGUGAUUCAGCAGAUGCUCUCAACCCACACACGACGAACACGACUACUCAAGACACGUAUGUGACCGCGCGUGAUCAUAUCCCGAAUGAGAUUGAGCAGGCUCGGGUUCGAGUGGCCUCUUUUCCUGGAAACCAAUCUAGACCAUGA